AUGGAGGGAUCCAACGGGUCCGGCAAACUGGGAGGCGUAUUUACCUACUUCCAAUCCCUCCCCGACCUCGUUCCUCGACGCGCGAAAAACUCCAUCCGCGGCUUCUUAGACGAUUUCAUCCUCCACAAUAUCACCUACAUCUUCAUCAAACCCUUCAUGAGCAACGUCUUCCUCACCACGGCAAUCUUGGUGACGAUUGCAAGUAUCACGCCUCAUCCCUGGAUCUUUGCCUUUUUCUCAAUCUUCGCAUAUGCGCACAGUCAUGUCGUGGAUAAAGUGAUCGCGGCGUUGGUAUGGGUAGAGCCUGCGAUUUGGAUUGAUGCGGUGGUGUUGUGGUUCAUUCUGUCGGUUCACUUCUUCCGCGAGAGGAGACGACGGACUCCGAGGAGGGAGUGGAUUGCUAUGUGGGAGGUUGUCUCUUUGGGGAUCACCUCGGCGACUCCUUUCAACGAGGAUGGAGAGUUUCAAAUGACGUGGGGCCAUUAUGCUUCCCUACUGCUCGUUCUCCGCGAAGUCAAUGGCGCGUUUGAGGAAUCCAUUUCACGGACUAAGCUCGAUGCCCAAAUAGCACCCCAGGGCGGGAAGUAUGAGUGCUUCAAGAGGCUGUGGUAUUGCCUUCGUUUCUGGGGUUGGAGCGUGUUGCGUCGGGCGACGACGUAUCUGUGUGUUAUGGCUGCUUGGGAUACAGUGGUGGAGUUGGUGGUUUGGGAGUAUGUACCCGUGGCGUAUCAAGGGUUGGCGCUCAUGGGGAUGGGCGUUGGGUUGUUGACCAUUGUAGUGCGGUGGGUGUCAAGGCGGUCGAAGGUGAUGUGGGGGGUCGGGGUGGAUUUGGAGGGUUAUGAGAGCGACGAGAGCGACGAGAGCGAUGGUGAUGAGAGCGAUGACGAAGAUGAGAAUGGUGAGGAUGAUGAAGAUGAUGAUGAUAGCGACGACGAAGAGGACGAUAGCGAAGAGAACGAUGACGACGAGGACAGUAGCGAAGAGGACGGUAGCGAAGAGGACGAUGACGAUGAUGACUAUGACGACGAUGACGAUGAGGAGUACAAGGACAACAGGGAGGAGCAUAACCAGAAUGAAAACGGCCUCUAG